AUGCAUGGAGACUAUGAGUUCAAGAUGUUAGCCAUGAUAUUCCCUCAAGGAAAAGCAUAUUGUUCACAACCAGGUGUUACAAUCACACAACAGCAAAAUCAGGAGCAGAAUGGUUCACAACCAGGUGUUACAAUCACACAACAGCAAAAUCAGGAGCAGAAUGAUGUGUGUACGACAGACGCAUGCGUGAAGGAAGCCGCCAGUCUGCUGCACGCCAUCGACCGCAGCGUGGAUCCGUGUGAGGACUUCUACCAGUACUCGUGUGGAGGCUGGAUGAGGACCCACACCAUACCAGAGGACAAGUCGGAGCUCAAUCGAUUCGGCGCACUCAGGGAUGACGUCCAGCUCAAGUUAAAAGUUCUACUGGAUGAGAAAGUGUCAAACACUAACGACAUCGAUGCUAUCAGAAAACUGAAAUACAUGUUCCACUCUUGUAUCAAUGAAAGCCUGAUUGCAGAACGAGGGAUAGCCGUGGUGCGGCCGCUGCUGAAGGGGCUGGGUGGGUGGCCGGUGAUAGACAAGGCGUGGUCGGGCGACCACUUCGUUCUGGAGGACACCCUCGUCAAGCUGGCCCACCUCCACAACAACAUCCUCGUCAUGUCCCAGGUCCAGGCAGAUGACAAGAACUCCUCCAUACAUAUCAUAGUGCUUGAUCAGGCUGACCUAGGGAUGCCAUCACGUGACUACUACUUGAAACCACGUAACAACCCGAUCAUCCAGGCGUACGAGAAGUUGAUCCACGACGUGGCGGUGUUGUUUGGGGCAGACGACAACGCUGACACGGCCAGACAAGCAAAGGACAUCGUCGACCUGGAAAUAAAGAUAGCAAACCUGACUUUGUCCAGAGAGGAAAGACGAGACAUGAACAAACUCUACAACAAGUUUACGAUAGCAGAGCUCAAGAGAGAGAUUCCGCAGCUAGAUUGGCUGCGGUAUCUCCAGAAGAUGUAUGAACCCUUUCACAACAUCACCAUCACCGAUGCUGAGAACGUGGUCGCCUACACGCCGGAAUACUUCAAGAGGGUCCUCGCUCUCGUGAAGACUACAGACACAAAAACUUUGGUAAACUACAUGAUUUGGCGCAUUAUGCAGCACAGAGUGAACAAUUUACAAGAAAAAUACAGAGACCUUAAAAAGGAGUACAAUAGACUUGCUUAUGGUCAGAAGCGUGAACCUCCUAAAUGGCGGACGUGUGCGAGCUACGUCAACAACAACAUGGGCGACGCUGUUGGACGACUUUUCAUCGACAGCUACUUCACCAAGGAAGCCAAACAAAAUGCUCUCAACAUGAUUGGCUAUCUUAGAAAAUCCUUCAACAAUAUUCUCAGAGAGGCUGACUGGAUGGACGAACAGACGCGGAGAAAAGCUCUUAGUAAGGCAGGAACCAUUAUGACGAAAAUAGGUUACCACGACGACUUGUUGAAUGACACUGCGCUCAACGAAAUAUAUGACGAUGUAGAGUUUUAUCCCGAUAAAUACUUCGAGAACGUGGUGGUCAAUUUAAGAGAUCUCAUCAAGGAUUCCGCCUGGUACUUACGACAGCCCGUCGACGUGGAACAAUGGACAACAUACCCAGCCGUCGUGAACGCUUUCUACAGCUCCAACAGAAACUCUAUAACAUUUCCAGCAGCCAUCUUACAACCGCCGUUUUACAGCAAAGAUUAUCCUAUGUCGCUCAUGUUUGGCGGUAUUGGAGUCGUCAUAGGUCACGAGAUUACCCAUGGGUUCGAUGACGAAGGCAGUCAGUUUGAUGAAUAUGGGAACAUUGACAACUGGUGGACAACAUCCUCUAAAACUAAAUUCACCAGCAAGGCUCAGUGUUUGAUUGACCAGUACUCCAAAUACCAAAUCAACGGGGACUAUAUCAGAGGGAAGCAAACACUUGGAGAAAACAUGGCUGACAACGGUGGAUUAAAGGCUUCGUACGAGGCUUAUCAAACGUGGCUGAAGGAUAAGCAAUCGGAACAACGCCUCCCUGGACUGAACUUGACGCACGGACAGCUGUUUUUCGUGAAUUUCGCACAGGGCUGGUGCUCCCUGAGUACCGCAGCCGCCACACAUAACCAGAUACUGACGGACCCCCACACGCCAGGAAUGUACAGAGUCAUUGGUUCUGUUUCAAACUCGGAGUACUUUUCACACGAAUUCAAAUGUCCAGUUGGCUCGCCCAUGAACCCAGCAGAAAAAUGUGGAGUGUGGUGAUUUGCAUAUCGAUAUCCUUUGCCUCAAAUAUAAAAACAGAACAUUUAAUGCAUUGUACUCUUGGCUCUGGUUUAUAGACUACUGUAAUGAACAGCUACACUAUUUAACAUGGUUUCCAACUUUGACAUAUAUUUACUCGAAAUCGAAACAGUACAAACGUUA